AUGACUUCGAUGGUGGAUACUGCGGAUAUCAAACCCUAUAUGAUUGAGGGAGUAUCAGAGCAAUACGAGUGGCCAGCAUCUGCUAAUACAUGCGCACAUGAAGCACAUUUCAUCUGCCAUCUCGGUUCUGUGUCUGAUUCCAUACACGAUAGCCAGAUCUUUGAGGGAAAAGGCACAACACCACAUCCUGCACUAGACCCUGCAAAGAGUCUCUGCCCACGGCGUAACGAGUCCAGCGAUAAGUUUCUGGUAGCUUUAGAUCUGCAGCAUCUAACGAGAUGCUAUACCGCUAGACCAAAAAGCCCUAUCUCCAACAGCAUCACCGUAGACAAGCUGGGUUCGAGAUGGAGCAUGGCAUCACAUAAUAUGCGAAGCCCGGGGCGCAGUCACUUGUUUCUAGCACGCGUCCAGUGGCUUACGCAAGUGCAGCAUGUUCCACAGCUUGCUGCUUUGGGCCAUGGUUCCCAGUCUGUAUCUACCAUUGCAUCUGCACAACUACACCGCGAGGCACCGCAGUCAGUUCUCGAACAUCGCGGCUCUAUUCCCGGUGCAUAG